CCUUUGUUUCUGAACAGACAAUGGGCUGCUAAGAGGCCACCUGCCCAGGCCCAGAUCAGGCAGGGGAGGGGUCCCCGGGGAUGCACUCAGCAUGUCCAGCCUGAGCCCCGGGCCCUGGGCGGCUGGUACAGAAGCAAAUUACAUGGCUGGGUUUUGGCUCUGACUUCAAGGGCCGGGGGCCCAGCCUCCCUUUAGCCUGGCUAUAAAGGGCUGCCCGGGGUCUCUGUCCAGACCAGACCCUGCUCCCGACUCGUGGACACCAUGGCUGCUACCACCACCAGCAUCCGCCAGUUCUCAACCUCCGGCUCCGUCAAGGGGCUGUGCGGGCCCGGUGGGGGCUUCUCUCGGAUGUCCUCAGUUCGUGUUGGGGGCGCCUGCAGGGCCCCCAGCCUCCUGGGAGUCGGCAGCUGUGGCAACAUGUCGGUCACCUCGUCCCGCUUCUCGGCGGGCUUGGGGGGUGGCUACGGUGGCGGCUACACCUGCAGCCUGGGGGGGGGCUUCGGCUCUGGCUUCGGCUCCGGCUUUGGAGCGGGCUUCGGCGUGGGCUUCAGCUCCUCUGACGCCCUGCUAGGGGGCAGCGAGAAGGAGACCAUGCAGAACCUCAACGACCGCCUGGCCUCCUACCUGGACAAGGUGCGCGCCCUGGAGGAGGCCAACGCCGACCUGGAGGUGAAGAUCCAUGACUGGUACAAGAAGCAGGGGCCCGGGCCCGCCCGCGACUACAGCCACUUUUUCAAGACCAUCGAGGAGCUGCGGAACAAGAUCCUGGCGGCCACCAUUGACAACGCUAGCCUGGUGCUACAAAUCGACAACGCCCGCCUGGCAGCUGAUGACUUCCGCACCAAGUAUGAGACGGAGCUGAACCUGCGCAUGAGCGUGGAGGCUGACACCAAUGGCCUGCGCCGGGUGCUGGACGAGCUGACCUUGGCCAGAGCUGAUCUGGAGAUGCAGAUUGAGAGCCUCAAGGAGGAGCUGGCCUACCUGAAGAAGAACCACGAGGAGGAAAUGAAUGCCCUGCGAGGCCAGGUGGGUGGGGAUGUCAGCGUGGAGAUGGACGCCGCCCCUGGUGUGGACCUGAGCCGCAUCCUGAAUGAGAUGCGCGACCAGUAUGAGAAGAUGGCAGAGAAGAACCGCAAGGAUGCCGAGGACUGGUUCUUUAGCAAGACGGAGGAGCUGAACCGGGAGGUGGCCACCAACACCGAGGCUCUGCAGAGCAGCAGGACGGAGAUCACGGAGCUCCGCCGAACUGUGCAGAAUCUGGAGAUUGAGCUGCAGUCUCAGCUCAGCAUGAAAGCCUCGCUGGAGGGCAGCCUGGCGGAGACCGAGGCCCGCUAUGGGGCCCAGCUGGCUCAGUUGCAGGGGCUCAUUAGCAGCAUCGAGCAGCAGCUGGGUGAGCUCCGCUGCGACAUGGAGCGCCAGAACCAAGAGUACCAGGUUCUGCUGGAUGUGAAGACGCGGCUGGAGCAGGAGAUUGCCACCUACCGUCGCCUGCUGGAGGGCGAGGAUGCCCAUCUGGCCACCCAGUACUCCUCUUCCCUGAUCUCACAGCCCACCCGGGAAGCCACAGUGACCACCCGCCAGGUGCGCACCAUCAUGGAAGAAGUUCAGGAUGGCAAGGUGGUCUCCUCCCGCGAGCAGGUCCACCGCUCCACCCACUGAAGCCCCUUCUGACCUGUGACAGCCUGGCCUUGAGAGUCAUGGGGCAGCCAUCGCCUUGGGCUCCCAGCAUGCUACUGCCACACCCUGAGCGCCCAUCUGGGCCACCACCCAAGAGCUGUUGCCUUUCUGUAACUGUUUCCUGCAGCCCCUCACUGAGGGGGCCUCUUCGAAUUGCCCUAGUGACUGCUAUUAAAGCUUUGCCUGAAGUUCAA